AUGGAGUACCCGGGACUUGCUAUUUUCCCCAUUCCGGCAUCGAUUCGGCGUCGACUGCCCCGCCUGUAUUCUUCCCGAGCCGUGCCAAAGGCCGAGUCAAACGGCGAUCAGCGCCGUGGACUGGCCUCCUUGUCCGAACCUCAUCUCCUAUGUCACAAUCAAUUCUCUACGUCAGUAGCAACCGAGCUCCAAAGGCCGUCUACGGCCAGCGAUGACUUGGAUUCGUUUGAUUCUGGAUCCGUGAGAUCUGAUAGCCCCCGAGAGGGCAUGGGGUCCACGACGAAAUACGAGUCCGACACCGGUCUACGGUGGAAUCGAGUCGUACCUGCGUUCAAUCUUCUCCGCAAUGCGGGAUAUGAAGCCCAGCAGUCACAACCUGAUGGCCGUCUGGCUCGAUCGCUCUACGUGAAUGCUUUGGUCUAUCUUCUCGAUGCUUUACCAUCCGACCUGACAGAUGACGAAACGUCUAUGCUUCAGCGCCAUAUCCCAGAGCCAGUCAAAGCUGGACUGACAACUUACUGCCCGCCCCCAGGGUAUAUGGAUGGGAUGAAUCAUAAGAUGAACCCCCAGCCAAAAUCAUACCUGCAUAAAAUUCUCGCCUCGAUGAUUGUUCAAGUGUUCAUUCUGUUGCGGUUUCUUCUGCCAUAUGCAAGAGUGCUAGUACACCAGCUAUAUGAGUAUGAGCGGACACAUCGCAUUACUGAGCGCAUUGUAGCUAGUACACUGGAGGCAGCUGACGGGUUGGGGAAAGGAAGUGUUAAUAUUGGGGCUGCUGUUUGCAAGUUCAAUGAAGGGCGGUUUGGUGCUGCUCUCUCUAAUCUGGCAGCUUGGUGGAUGGAAAGUGUAGCUGGGGGGAUAUACGAGGGAGUUGGUGAGGGAAUGGUGCAAUGGGGUCUCUUAGGGAAGGAGGCCGAUUUAGAUGGACUUCCUUUACAGACAAUGAAUCCAUAG